GGAGGGGGGUGUGGUGAGAAUGUUGCAGAGCUCGGGCCAUGUGGGUCUUCAGCGGGAGUGCCGGGGGCUCCGGGAGCGCGGGGACGCCCGGGGUACCGGGGGCGGCUGCGCUCGGCGGCUUCCUCCUCCUCGUCCUUCUCCUCCUGCUGCUGCUCCGGCCCAAGCGGCCGGCCAGCUUACCCCCGGGCCCCGCGGGGCUGCCGCUCCUGGGCAACAUCUUCUCCCUCGCCGUCUCUGCGCAGCUGCCGCACGUCUACAUGGAGCAGCAGAGCCACGUGCACGGCCAGAUUUUCACUUUAGAUCUUGGAGGUUUGUUCGCCGUGGUCCUGAAUGGCUAUGAUGUGGUAAAAGAAUGUCUCGUUCAUCAAGGUGAAAUUUUUGCUGAUAGACCUGCUCUCCCUUUGUUCAAGAAGUUGACCAAAAUGGGAGGUUUGCUCAAUGCCACCUAUGGCCGGGGCUGGAUAGACCACCGAAGGCUGGCCGUGAACAGCUUCCGCUCUUUUGGCUCUGGUCAGAAAUCCUUUGAAUCCAAAAUCACCAAAGAAGCCAAGUGCUUCAUUGAUGCUGUUGACACAUAUAAAGGGAAACCCUUUGACCCUAAGCAGUUGAUAACAAACGCUGUUUCAAACAUCACCAACAUGAUUAUUUUUGGACAACGUUUUUCCUAUGAAGACACAGAAUUUCAGCACAUGAUUGAUAUCUUUAGUGAGAAUGUGGAGUUGGCUGCCAGUGCCUCUGUCUUCUUGUAUAAUUCUUUCCCCUGGAUUGGCAUCUUCCCCUUUGGGAAACACCAACAACUUUUUAAGAAUGCAGCUGUGGUCUACGAUUUCCUCUCCAGAAUUAUCGAAAAGGUGUCUGCCAAUAGGAAACCACAGUCACCUCAGCAUUUUGUAGAUGCAUAUUUAGAUGAGAUGGAUAAAGGGAGAAAUGACCCAGGCUCCACAUAUUCUAAGGAAAACCUGAUUUUCUCUGUGGGGGAGCUCAUCAUCGCUGGAACAGAAACCACCACCAAUGUACUAAGAUGGGCAGUUCUUUUUAUGGGCCUUUAUCCUAACAUUCAAGGGCAAGUUCACAAAGAGAUUGAUUUAGUUGUGGGUCCCAAUAGGACGCCUUCUUUGGAGGACAAAUCCCAGAUGCCCUUUACUGAGGCAGUUUUGCAUGAAGUUUUGCGGUUCUGUAAUGUAGUCCCACUGGGUAUUUUCCAUGCAACUUCUCAAGAUACGGUUGUACAUGGUUAUUCUAUUCCUCGGGGAACCACUGUCAUUACAAAUCUUUAUUCCGUUCACUUUGACAAAAAGUACUGGAAAGACCCAGAAGUAUUUUAUCCAGAGCGAUUUCUAGACAGCCACGGACAGUUUGUUAAGAAAGAAGCCCUGAUUCCUUUCUCACUAGGAAGAAGACAUUGUCUUGGAGAACAGCUGGCUAGGAUGGAGAUGUUUUUGUUUUUUACAUCAUUGCUUCAGCGAUUCCAUUUGCAUUUUCCACCUGAGGUAGUUACAAAUCUCAAACCCAAAUUAGGCAUGACAUUGCAGCCACUACCGUAUCUCCUCUGUGCAGAAAGACGGUAGCCAAAGGACAGCUGUUAUGAGGACUCGUAUAUUCAGACCAUGAAGGAUUCUGCUUCCUGCUUAAAAUUUCAGCAAUGGUCCUAUUAUCAUAACUUUAUUUGAAACUAUUUUCAAAAGUCUAAAUGGAGAGAUGCAAGUGUAAAUGCAAGAGCAUGGUUUUCCAAAUAUACGGUUGUACCCCAAAGCCCUCCUUUCAAUCUAGAUUCCUGAUCUUCUGGGAACUUCCAUCCUCUGCCCUCUCUCUUCAGGAGCAACGUUAGAGAAUAAAUAAAUAAUGGGGAAAAAAGAUUCUGAAGGGCCUGUUUGGUGGGGAGUGGGAUGUGGUUCCUUCAGCAAAUCCUGGCCUUUCUCUUUCCUGGCUUGAAGGUCAGGCCCUCGUCCAGCUAAGGCUGUUCUUUGCCUCCAAACUGCAACAGUUAGGUUAAUGUUAAAUAACGACACCUCUGUUCAUGAAAUAAAAGAAUGAUUUGUCUCUUAGGAUUCCCUUGUUCGCACAGGCACUUUUCUGCCUAGUGUUCUCAUUCAUCAGUUGUUUACAACCAUCAGUGGUAACAAUUAUAGCAUUUGUGAGAAUACUCUGCCCUCUGGAGAAAACUCAUCAGUACUCUUGGUUAUGUGGCAUCCUGUAAGACGUCAGUAGACUUUAAAACUACCUGUUUUGGUGACUGUAGACAAAGCUUCAUGUGGUCCCAGUGAAGGAGAUAAGGAAAAGCAUCUUUCUCCUAACAGACAGCAAGGAAAAAGUCCAUCCGUUUCAGUGGCCAGAGGGGAGGGCCUGUUUUGUGGAACUGGUGGACAUCCUCCCUUGAGCAGGGCAUGCCUCAUAGAUUGAGUGUUGGAAGGGACCUCAGAGGUCAGCUGGUUCGACUUUUUCUUUUACAAAUGAGAUAAACCCAGGCACUCUGAAUACAAAUUCAGUGCCCUUCCCACACUAGGGAAUGGAAAGAAGGCAGAGGCCAUCAGAGCAGUUUCCUCCCCUCUUAUCAGCAUGUCAUUGGAAGAAACAAACUUGGUCCUUCUUCCCCUCCCUAACACCCCCCAGUGGACUUGCCUCAAAGCCAUAACCUAGGCACGAAGGAACACCUCCGGUCUAAAGCACAGGGGUGGUCCUGCUCAAGUUGCUGGGCCUGAGUCUUCCUUGUCUUGAGUACAUUUAUGCAAAGCCCUUUCCCCAAAGUGGGACAGAUGAAAGGGCCCCAGGAACAAACUCUGGAAAUCACAAUAGGUGUGGUCACUGAGUGGUCAAGUUUUAGGGGAAGACAACUUGGCUGCUGAACCCCAAGUAUGAGAAGGUAGAAAUGUUUGACAUCAAGCUGCAUGAAGCUCAUUCAUACACUAAGCCCUGGAGCUAGACACAGCUGCUGUCCAGGAGAGCUAUGCCCAUUUAAAGUCUCUCAACAGGAGGGGCUGUGGUCAGGACGGCUGGCACAAUCAACAACCAGCAGGCCAUGGGACUACACCUCCCACUCUGAUCACCACCAAAACGCUUUCAGUUCAAGCCAAUGAGAGAUGCCCAUGUUUACAUGGAUGAUGCUAAGCUCCAACAUGUAAACUUUCAGAUGUACCAAGAAAGGCAGAAGAGAGCCCAGCUCUCAAGGAGCUCCCAGUCUAACGGGGGAGACAACGCGGACGUGACUAAGCACAAGCUAGAUCCAGACAAAACAGACUGGAGAGAAUCAAGAGAACAAAGGCACCAGCGUCAUGGGGGACCAGGAAAGGCUUCUUGCAGAAGGCGGGGUUUUUGCUGGGACUUGAAGGAAGCCAGGAGAUGAAGAUGACAAUGGGGAGAGCUCCACGCAUGAAAGGCAGCCUGUGAAAAUGCUUGGAGUUGGGAGGAGGAGACUCUUACUGGAGUAAUAGUGAGCAGGCCAAUGCCACUGUCCAUGGUCACUGAGUGUGAUCACACUCUGAUCACAAAGCAGGCAGAGAUAAGGAAUGAAACUACCGGAAAGGCAGGAAGGGACCAAGUUAUGAAGGGCUCUGAACGCUAAAGAGAAAGUACUGAAUGGGGGAUGGGAGUCUGUGACGCAUCAGACCUGUGCUUUAAGAUCUAGUGGAGAAUAGACUGGAGGUUGGGGAGAGAGAACCAAGUCAUGGAGAGCAACCAGAAAUUCAGUAGAGAGCAUUACAACUGAAAUAGUCCUGUUAACAAAAGGAUUGUAGAGUUAGGUAUUUUCAAACCUAGAAAUAAAAUUGUGUUCAUGA